UCUUUUCUCUUUAUUGUACCUCUCAUUUAUUAUCUUUGUCCUUUCUAUUCAUUCCAUCUUCAUCACACUAUAUUCUCUUAGCUCUCAUCUCUCAUAUCUCUAGCUCAGCCUUAUUGCUUCCCAUUACCACAUUGAAAUUCCCAAAAUUUGAUGCAAAUUAGGGUUUCACCAGCCCCAAUUGAACAUCUCAGUUUGGGUUCAUUUUAGCUGUCGAAGAAGGAAAAGAUAGAUUCUUGGGACAUCAAGGGAAAACAGUGUUUUUCUUCUUAUGCAUUAAUAAGAAAAAAGAGAGAGAAAGUAAUAGUAAGGCCUCAUCACAGGACACCAACCAAAAUUGAUAGAAACACAAAUUAGCAAUCGAUGGCUUCCUCAAGCUCGUACAACCCGCCCUGCGCGGCGUGCAAAUUCCUAAGGCGGAAGUGCAUGGCGGGAUGCAUCUUCUCGGCGUACUUCCCGGCGGAGGAGCCGCAGAAGUUCGCGAACGUGCACAAGAUCUUCGGCGCGAGCAACGUGGGGAAGCUCCUGCACGAGCUGCUGCCCCACCAGCGAGACGACGCGGUCAACUCCCUUGCCUACGAGGCGGAGGCCCGCGUCCGAGACCCCGUGUACGGCUGCAUCGGCGCCAUUUCGUUCCUCCAGAGCCAAGUCGAUCGCCUCCAGAAGGAGCUCGACGCCGCCAAUGCAGACCUCGUUAGGUUCGCUUGCAAUGACAAUAGCCAGAUCGGAAGAAAUGGUGUGCCAUGGAAUCAUAUUUAUAGUAAUUCUUAUGGCGGUGAAGGGAUGGAUGGAAGUAAUUGAUGCUCUUCUCAUCAUCAUCUAAAAUAGCUAGGGUUUGAAUAAUUGUAAUUGUGGUAUGGAAAAUUGGUAUAUUUAUGAGUAUUGGUCUUGAUCAUGGAGUUUUCUUUAAUAAAUGUGGAUUUGUAAACUAUGUAUAUCUCGAGGUAGAAAUGAUCUGUCUGUACUAUUAAAUCUUUUCUAAGAUAUUACAUACAAUUGUUUUAUUUGUAUA